GAAACCGCAUGACAACAAGAUGGCGGCGCCGCGGGACGGCUGGCUGGCCUUGCGAGGGAGUCCCUGACAGCUAGAAUCUAGAAGUAGAACUAUGAGCUCACCUUUGGCCUCCCUUAGCAAGACCAGGAAAGUGCCCCUGCAGCCAGAGCCUGUGAAUCCUGGGAGGCGAGGGAUAAGAAUCUACAGAGAUGAAGAUGAGGUGGAUAUGCUGAAUGGAGGACAUGGCUCGGAAGAAAAGAUCUCUGUCCCCUCCUGCUAUGGCCAAACCGGUGCCCCUGUGAGCAGGCAAGUCCCUGUAUUCCAUGACUCAGAGCUGAUGGCCUCCAUGGCAAGAAAGUUGGAGGACCUGGAGCGGCAGGUGAAGGCCCAGACUGACGAGAUGCUGUCCAAGGAUCAGAAGAUAUUGGCCCUGGAGGACUUGGUGCAGACCCUCCAGCAACACCAGGGCGAGGAGACCCAGCAGCGGCAGGAGGAGCUGGAGGCCACGUGUGAGCAGCUGCAGCGGCAGGUCGGAGAGAUGGAGCGGUUCCUCAGGGACUAUGGCCUGCAGUGGGUGGGCGAGCCCAUGGACCAGGAGGACUCAGAGGACAAGAUGGUCUCAGAGGAUGGCGUGAGGGACUGGAUGACGGCCAAGAAAUUCUGGAAGCCAGGGGACUCAUUGGUGACCCCUGAGGUGGACUUCGACAGGCUCCUGGACAGCCUGCAGGAUCUCAGUGAGCUGGUGGCAGAGGGUGACACCCAGGUGACACCAGUGCCUGGCGGGGCACGGCUCCGUGUUCUGGAGCCCAUUCCGCUGAAGCUCUACCGGAAUGGCAUCAUGAUGUUUGAUGGGCCCUUUCGGCCCUUUCAUGACCCCUCCACACAGCGCUGCCUCCGAGACAUACUGGAUGGCUUUUUCCCUUCAGAGCUCCAGCGACUGUACCCCGAUGGGGUUCCCUUUAAGGUGAGUGACCUGCGCAAUCAGGUUUACCUGGAGGAUGGGCUGGACCCGUUCCUAGGCGAGGGCCGCGUGGUGGGCUGGCACAGGUUACGCAAGGCCUCGGACGGGGUGAAGGAACACCCAGGCUCCGGAAUGACCGCCGAGAAAUUUCUGAAUAGGCUCCCCAAGGUUGUGAUCCGGCACGGUGAGGUGAUUGACAUCCGGGGCCCCAUCCGGGACACUUUGCAGAGCUGCUGCCCAUUGCCUGUCCGGAUCCAGGAGAUCGUGGUGGAGACGCCUGCCUUGGCUGCUGAGCGGGAGAGGAGCAUAGCAUCACCUAACUCCCCGGCACCCCCGCACUCCAUGCUGCGUAUCAAGUCUGAGAACGGAGAGCAGGCCUUCCUACUGAUGAUGCGGCCUGAAGACACUGUGGGCGACGUCCGUGCCCUGCUAGCGCAGGCCAGGGCCGUGGAUGCUGCUGCCUUUGAGAUCUUCAGCACAUUCCCAUCCACAGUCUACCAUGAUGAUGCACUCACGCUGCAGGCUGCAGGCCUGGUGCCCAAUGCGGCGCUGUUGCUGCGGGCACGACGGGCCCUGCAGUCCAGCCCCAGCUUUGGAUCUGGUCCCCGUCCCGGCCCCAGCCCCAAAUAA